AUGAGCGGUCUCGGUUGUUCUGCAAUCUAUUUCCUCGAUUAAAAAGGAAAGAUAAUUAUCUCUAGAGACUAUAGAGGUGAGGUUGGAUCUAAUAUCACUGAAAAAUUUCAAAGGAAAGUGCUCGAAUUAGAUGAUAGACUCGUCAAACCAGUAUUCACAGAGAAAGAUAUCACAUACAUGUGGAUAAGAGUUAACAAUAUAUACAUCGUUGCAGUUGCCAAGGGAAACCCUAACGUUGCUCUUGUAUUUAGUUUCCUCUAUAGAAUGCAAGAGGUCUUUACUGACUAUUUUAAGGAACUUGAGGAUGAAUCUUUGAGGGAUAACUUCGUUAUUACCUAUGAGUUACUCGACGAGAUGAUGGAUCAUGGCUAUCCUUAAAUAACAGAGGUCAAAAUUUUAAAAGAGUACAUUAAAACUGAGGCAAAUAAGAUUGCAAAAGAGUAAAAGAUUUCUCAGGCUAAAUUAUCAACUGCAGUUACAAAUGUAGUUAGUUGGAGACCAGAUGGAAUUAAGCACCCCAAAAAUGAGAUAUUUUUAGAUGUCAUUGAGAAGCUUAAUCUACUCGUCUCAGCUAAUGGCAAUGUUUUAAGAUCUGAAAUUCUUGGUACUGUUAGAAUGAAGAGUUUCCUAAGUGGGAUGCCAGAGUUAAAACUUGGACUAAAUGAUAAGGUCCUUUUCGAAAUGACAGGCAGAACCUCAAGAGGUAAACUUAUAGAAUUAGAAGACAUAAAGUUCCAUCAAUGUGUGAGAUUAAAUAAGUUUGAAACAGAGAGAAAUAUUUCAUUUAUCCCACCUGAUGGAGAAUUCGAGCUUAUGACUUAUAGACUUGAUACCCAAGUUAAGCCACUUAUAUGGGUAGAAUGUAUCGUUGAAAGUUUCUCCAGAUCGAAAAUAGAAUAUUUGGUGAAAGCUAAGACUCAGUUUAAGUCAAAGUCUAUUGCUAACAAUGUCGAGAUCUUUGUAUCUGUCCCAUCUGAUGUAGAUUCACCCGUCUUCAAAUCGAAUGUUGGUACUGUGAAAUACGUUCCAGACCAGAACUGUAUGGUUUGGUGUAUCAAAUAAUUCUAAGGCAGAAAGGAAUUCUUAAUGAGAGCACAGUUUGGUUUCCCAAGUGUAGAAGCUGAGGAAAGACAAAAAUACUCUAGAGUACCUAUUCAAGUUAAAUUUGAAAUUCCAUACUUCACUGUAAGCGGAAUAUAGGUAAGAUAUCUUAAGAUUGUAGAGAAGAGUGGGUAUCAAGCAUUACCCUGGGUAAGAUAUAUUACUCAAAAUGGUGAUUACUAGAUUAGAAUGAAUUGA